UAAUGUCAAUUGUCGUGGUGAAAUCACCGUGUUGAUGGUCGGGGAAAGAAAAGAUGAGACGACGAUGAACGGCGAGCGAGAUUCGUGACUGCGUAUUUCGCGUAUUGCGGGAAGAGAAUCACGAAGAACGAACAGAAGGAAGAAGAAGCGGGCCGGUCCGGUGGGGCCCCGGCCAUGGGGGAGACAGUAUGUUCUCCGAGCUGUGCAGGGAGACCCUGCGGAAGGCAGCAGUGUGUUACUCUGCUCGUGCAGGAAGUCCAUCACCAUCGCCACCAACGUCUCCGCCGCCAUCACCCGCCAAGGAGGCAAAGACUGCUGCCAACGCUGACCUGGCAAAUGUCCGUGAUGCCAUUCACGAAGGAGUCAGAGACCAUCAGCACCACCACCAUCAUUCAGGGACCACCACCGCCGGAAAGCGAACGUCGCCGACCGGAAACACCACCAGCGAGUCCGGCCAGAGAGAUCCGGCCUCAGAAAGAUCGGCCUCCGAUCGGCCAACCGAUCGUCCGAACGACUUCAGGGAGUACGUUUACGUCCGAAAGCGACCGGCGAUGCCCACUGACUUCAGCAAACGAUUGCCCGGACUCGAGGCAAGAGAGGGACGACGUAGUGGCACGUGCGGUACCACCGAGUUCAGGGAGUCCCGAUCGGUAUCCCCCGAAAAAGGAACAGGACGUCAACACGAGGACCACCGAGGAGGAGGUGGAAGUGCCGGCAAUGAAUGCGGUAGAUCGGACACAAGAAUCAGCCGACGAUCCUCAGGAUCGUCGCCCGAACCCGAGGACAACUCCUCAACUUCUGGCGACGAAGCUGGAGCCGCUCCUGAGGAAACUAACCAAAGGUCCAGUUCUGCACACAAUCGCCACUCUCUCACGAAGGAACAAACGAUGCACUGGUUCGCCCAGAUUGGUGGUGACGACUCUCUCUCUUUGACAGAUGUGAAGCGCCCGCGAAGUCUCUACGACGAGGACUCUCUCGAUGGCGAUCGUCCUUACGACAAUGAAGGACGGGAGUCGACGGGAAGCUCGAAGGAGUUGGACAGGGCGAAGCUCGUCCGCGAGAGGCAGAACGAGGAGCGGCAGCGGAAAUUGGAGGAGCUUAGGCAGCAGGCUCUCGCCGCGCAACGCUUCCGCGAACAGCGCGAGGAAGAGCGACGAAGACGCAUCGAUGAACUCAGAUCGCGUGAUAACGACAGACGAAAUCAAGUCGAAGAGAGAAAACGGCUGAUAUGCGAGGCAGAGCGAGAGAGACGAGAGGCUAUCCUCCGUAAAAAUCAGGAGAGGGAGGCACGCAUCGAGGCAAAGAAGAGGAAUGAGAGGUCGCACAUCGUUUUCGCGUUUGGCAGCUCCACGCCGCGGAUGCUGGAGCCCGCCGAUACCGGCGGCUCUACCUUCUGGGGUACUCGCAGGGCCACCUCUACCACCAAUGUCAUGAUGUUUUCUGCUGCGCAGCCCCUCACUAGGAGAUCCUCCGAGAGGGAGCUGGAUGGCAGCAAAAAACGAGCUACUUCCGCUGGUGGACUCGACCGGAAACCGGGUGAAGAUAUGAGAAUGUCCUCGUCCAUGUACGAGGUGUUCAAUUGGAAUUCUAGCCCCGAUCCCCCCUUAACUCCUGCCAAGCAUAAGAGAGCCAGCCUCUCUCUGCCCCCCACAACUGACAUCUUUGCCGUCGAUGAUAAGUCCGAUAGCGACACUAGGCGUCCCAUGAUUCAGCGGGUUGCCAGUGGUGAUGAUAGCGACGGUGGCACGCCCAGCACCCCAACCUCGGUUUACCUACGUGUGAACAGGAGACGCACCGACCUCAUGCCGACGAUACCGUCCCCGCGCGACGGCCCACCGUCGACGGCACGCAGCUCCAGCGUCAAGGCCUUCACACGUUCGCCAGGUAGGACUUACUCCAUGUCCAGGCUGGAUCAGCUGGCGCAGCCUAGGAAACGCACGACCGAGCAACAACUCGGCACGUUGGCGGAACAACAGCAAAGCCAGCCUCUGCAGAGCGCUUCUAGCAUGAGUCGCAGCAUGUCGCACUUGGCCGCGCCCGGAGGAGCCAAGAGUCUAAAACGCUCCGAUAACUCGCGUAGCAUGGGCACGCUACCGGGCGCGGCACCUAUGCCCAGACCUACCCGCGCGGAAAGACUACGCCGAAAGGCUCGCGAGUACCAGCAGACCCAACAGCAACAAGGUAUCCGCAGCGGCGAAGUGACACCCAACAGCCCGUCCCGACCGCACAGCUCCAUGAGUCAACAGAGUGCCAGCAGCGUGGGCAGCAGUAACGUCAAUCUGCGUACCCGUACGGCCGCGUCGCGCCGACCGCGACCUGCUUCUAUUGCCGGUACCGGUGUCUCGGUCACAGAGAAACACAAUCUGGUGGACACGAAAUUAACGAAGGAUUCAAAGCCACCACUGCCAAAGGUCCAUAGCACUCCAAAGAAACCUUCUAUACCCAAAGUUGCGGAAGUGAGAAAGCCGACGGAGAAGUUAAUCAAGAACGCCAAGUCAUCACCGCGAAUAACUCCGAAAGCGACACCCCUGCAGAGUCCCGGAGCUGAGCACGCACCACUCAUUCGCGAAACUAACGUGGAGAUCAUAAAGCAGGAUGAGAAUAAAGAGACGCAGAAUGUGAAAUCGGAGGAUAAAAAUGAGGAAAAGAAGGAUCAGGGUAGCGAAAAGACACAGGAAGCGAAUAUUGUCGAAUCUAUAACUAAUGAUACAAAGAUAGGGACAGAACCUGUGUCGGCAAGCAAACAAGUCAAAGACGAAACUAAUUUAAUGCAAGAGAAUCUAUCAGGUGCUAUUGCGGAAGAACCGUCGAAAAUUGCUAAAAAGGAAGAAAACAAACAAGAGAAGAAAUCGCCAGAGAUGACUGAAAUUAAGCUUGAAGCUGAAAUGGACGAGCAAGUUGACAUGUCAGCUUCAAUGAUCGCGAAAAUCAGAAUCACCACCGAAGAGGAAGCAAAAGCCGCUUUAGCUGAACGUAGAAGAUUAGCUCGAGAACAAGCGGAACGAGAAGCGGAAUUGGAGCGCCAGCGACAGGAGGAAGAAGCACGUAUAGAAGCUGAAAGAUUGCGCGCGGAGGAAGAAGAGCAACGUCGUCUGGAGGAAGAAACUAUACGCUUAGCUAAUGAAGCUCGAGAAGCCGAGGAACAGCGAUUGCAAUUGGCAAUCGAAGAAGCUAAACGUCGUGAGGAAGAAGAUAGAAGAAAAAGAGAGGAGGAAGCUCGCCAGAAACAAGAAAAAGAAGAAGCAGAACGCAAAGCGAGAGAAGAAGCAGAAAAGCAACGAAUCGAGAUGGCUGAGAGGCUUAAGAAGGAAGAAGAGGAGCGCAAUGCUAGACGUAAACGAGUCGAGGCGAUUAUGCUUAGGACUAGAGGCAAAAAUCAAACUAAUACGUCUACCAAGGGAGAAGGCGGUGAUGGCGACAAGCUAAAAGAAGAUAGCCCUACCGACGAGAAUAAACCGAUGCCGGACGGUAAAGGUGACGACGUCAUGACAGCUAGUUUAAUUUCCGAGGCGACUCAGCAAUUUAUCAGCGGCGAACAACGGGCGCAUCACACAGAAAACAGUGUACCUGCACCUGAUAUAGUGCACAAUGGCACGACACAUAGCAACGGCAUUAACGAAAAUAAAAUCGUAUUGGAUAAUAAUCAGGGUAACGUUGAAGGAGAAUUGAACGGUCAUCAUACGAAUCACGGAAAUAGUAUCAACAGUCAAUCGAUUACGCUGGACAAUGCCACUGUCAAGCAAAACAACGUGACCAACAACCUGUUAGACCUGUCGGACUUCGAUACUCUGAGUAAUAACAGUACCGGCUACGAUACCGGGCCGAUACUCGAACUGACGCCUAAUCUGGCGAAUGAGGAUACUCUCAACUCCAAUCUGAAUCCGGCGGCGAUGCCGUUUACUCCGAUGGGGUUCGUGCCCGCUGCCACUAAUGCCAAUGUUAAUCCGUUCCAGGACAAUUUCAUCAACAAGCCACAGGAUAACAAUCAAGUACCAGAUCUACUAUCAUAAGAUGUCUCUUAAACGUUCCCGGACAAACAGAAAAAGAGUAGUUGGGCAAUCGAAUUGCUCAUAGCGAGCGGUAGCAUUCGGAACGAGACGUUGUUGUUUAUGAUAAUGUAAAUAACCGCCGUCGCGCGACGUAUCAUGUGUAAAGGGGAUAUCUCGGUGAAGCGAGAAUGAGGGCGCAAAGACUAUCCCCGUACCUCACAAUCAUGCCGAGCUCUGAGCGUCGUCACCGGGAAGAAGGAAAUGUAAAAUAAUAUAUAAUGUUAAUUGAUUAUUAUUACGCAACAGCAAGUAUGGACACUCAAUCUGUGUGUCGUAGUACGCUAUUAGACAAAUGUAACUUUCUAAAGGAAGGGGAUUGAGGCCUAUUUGUAACACAUCAUUUUCAGAUGUUCAUUACACACACAGACAUAUUUUACGAUAACGAAUCGACAUGAAAUUAUUUUUUUUCUCUCACAUACACACGCAACACACAUAUACACACACGACUUCGCCCUUAUCACAUAUACAUGCGUGUGUAGAUUACAAUUAAGAUUUUUGAGGCGUUAAUCAAUAGAGAUGACAAAAUUGGAAAUUGCACGGAGAGUAAAUGACGAAUAAACAUACAAGAUGUAAAAGAAAAAGAGAGAUAAAAUAGAAGUCAGAUCAAACGCUGAGAACGUAUCUGCCAAAACGAUGAAUUAGAGAAUGUCCCUAACAUAUAAGAUAACGUAGCGUGGUACUAUCUUAUAAUAAUUUCAUGAAUAGAUCUAAGCGCAUUCUUGAAUAGGAGAUUCAUAAGAGACAUUCUGCAGAUACGAGAUGGGGAAAAGUAGAUAGAAAAAGAAAAAACUUUUCUUCCAUACCAGAUUUUGGGGCGUGCGCUCACUAGUCAAGCAAUCUUACUGUUUUUUCUUCUUCGUAUUUCAUUUAGAGGGCCUACUUAACAUUGGUAUAUAUUCUAGGUAUUUGCUAGACUUCACUAUCGUUACGUUUUUUUCGCGGAUCGUGCAUAAAUUUUCUAGCUGUGAUGACGAAGACGAUAAUGCUGAUUGCUUUGUGAGAUAGCCGCUGCAUAAGUUAACGGUGAGUGACGAUCUAGUAACGUUAAUUGUAAGAAUUGUUAUGCGAGAGAUACUAUGGAUGGGAUUUAAUUACACUUUAUUCGAUGAAGGUAAAUACGAUCGAUACCGCAACGUUAAUGCAUAACGUAAAAGCGAAUAUCGCUGCAACGUCCAAAAAGUGAGUUUUACUUGUCAUUAUUUGCAACAUAAAAAUUCUGAGACGUGGAAUAAUAUCGGUAGCAUGCUUUAUAUUUUGCGCUCGCCCUAUUUCACGAUAUAGUGUUUGACAAAUUAUUUAUAACAAGAAUAGAGAAACGAGCAUUUCUGUUAUUCUGAUUUUGUUCGAAAAAUAUGAUCGAGAGAAACGUCGACAUUAGAAAAAUGAUAGGAUUAGUGUACAAAUUUGUUUGUUAUUCAAUUUUUCUCGUACAUUUACGCGCGAGAUUUAUCUCCCUUUUCCCCUCGCUCUUUACUUUAUUCACAUUUUAUCAUAAUCGGCGUAGAGGAUUUAUCGAACUGAUAUGUAUUAUAAAAUUCAAAUUUUCUCGUUAAUAAUUUUUUAAAUUCGAGAUUUUUCUUUGUUCGCAUUUGCGACUUAUUUUUCGGGCGCCAGGAAAAAUUCUAUCACAUUCGCGAAUGAUCAAUAUAUUUUCUUAUGAACGAUUAAUAUAUAUUUUUAUUGAGAGUUGUUAGAGCGAACGUAUUUGUACAGAGUUGCAUCGCGAGUCACUUGUUCAUACGCCGAAAAUGUCCCGAUCACUAAAAAGAAAAUCGAGCAAGAAAAGCGUAUACACAGUCUGAAACCAUGCAAAGUGACAGAUUUAUUGACACGUUUUAUCGCCCGUUCUUAUAUGAGAAAUUGUUUCUGCGUUUGUCUUGUAAAAAUUUCAACUGUAACGAACUUGGAAACGCCCGAUUCGUUACGACUUAUUGUAUGAAACUUAUUUAUAUUAGUUCUUCUUUUAAAUAUUUAUUAAUCGUUUGGACACCGUAUAUUAUCCCUGCGUCACGUGUACACUUAUACUAUUUUUAUUAGAUUUGGUUGAGAGAGAUUCUAUUAAAACUAUUCUAUAAGAAUACCUAAUAAUAAUGGUAAUUAAAUAGAAUACGAGAGAAUGUUUCUAAAUAUACAAUAACGAAAAAAAUGCUAAAUAUCACCAGUCAUGUCUAAAGAAACAAAUACUUCAUAUUGUAAAAAAUGCUUGUAUGUAAUAAAUACUUAAUACUGAAAAAAA